AUGUUGACUUCAUUUAUUUUAUCCCUUGGUUUGUUCUGUAGCUUUGUUCACAGUAGUGGGGUCGAAAACUACGAGUUGUGUCCCACUCUUGAUUCGAAAGAAUUACCAAAAUUUUUAAGCAGUUGUGAUUCUGGUCUAAAAGAAUGCAUUGAGAGAAAUUUUGAAGAGGAGCCAUUUUCUUGCUCUUUGUGUGUCAUUGUUAAUAACCAAACAUUGCAAGAUGAAAAUAACUGCUAUUGUGCUCAAUGUGCAGUGGAGGUUUUAGUUGCUACAUGUUUUAAAGAGCAUUGUAACUCUGUGGAAGAAUUCGAUAUUUUAAACUCAGUCUCCAAAGAAUUUGUUUCUGACUCGAGACCUUUAUUUAGUAUCGAAGAACCUUCUAAGACUGAAAACCUAACCUACCGCAAAGAUAAGAAUGAUGUUUUAUACCGUAAUUUGCUUUCUUUUGAGAGAAGUUCGUUGAUUGACCAUAUACUAAACUCAUUUCAGCCAGAAACCAAGGAUGAAACACAAUCAUUUAAUGUCCUACAAGCUCGAGAUUAUGUUCCUGAUCAAGCAUUGUAUUAUACCACAACUGAAUAUAUCACUACUUAUAUUCCAAAGGAAAGAACUACUACAAAAUGGAAGCCAAUUGUGGUAGAAAGUGUACAAGUAAUUGACAAAUGUUCUGGAAAGAAGAAAACCACAACAAUUUGGGAUGUUGAAACAAUAACUGACACUGAAGUAGAAACUCAAAUCCAUACUCAGAUUCAUAAUCAAACUAAGACUCAGAUAUCUACUGCAACUAAAACUAAGACUGCGACCGAGACUGAGACUGAGACAGAAAUCGAGACAGAAACGGAAACAGAGAUCAAGAGGAAGACUGCAACUGCAUAUGAGACUGAGACUGCAACUGCAACCGAAACUGAAACUGAGACUGAGACUGAGAGGUAUUUCCAUCACGUUACUAAGUAUGAAGACAUUACGACCACCACAGAUUAUAAUAUAGUAACUAAGACAGAUUAUGACACAAUUACCAAAAGGAGAAUCAAAUAUAGACCAAUCUACAAAACAGUUACCGAAACUGACUAUACCGCAACGACAAGAAUUAAAUAUAAACAUGGUUAUGUGACAGAAACUGAGACAGAGCUUGAACAGACCACAUUAACUUUGAAAAUGGGCCAUACGGUGACUAAAACGCAGUCAAUUGAACAUACAACGACUGACACAACAACGAAAUAUAAACCUAAAAAAAAGCUUGUGACAGUUACGGUGACAAAACCAUCAACACAAACACAAACGGCAACGGUAACGGCUACUACCACCAAGAUAAAGAAGAAAUGGAGACCCGUGGGAAUAGUCACUGUGACUGUGACUGUGACUGUUACUACUAAAGUAGUGGGUAAUAUGCAACUUCCACUACCCAAAUUUCCAAUGAUGUCAAUAAUAAGAAUGGGGGCCCUCAACGGCUCAGAUGAUACAUCAAUCCCAUAUGUUGUGACAGCUAUCCCUACAUCCAAAGAAACAGAAGAUCAAACCGUACCCACGUCAACUGUAUUACCCUUGACUAUUCAAACAAGCCCUCCCACUUCAGCAAUAGUAGGAUCGAAUCGGACGACCAGUAAUUCUACGGUUCCACGGGUCACCGCUGCAGUCGGGAAGAAUGCAAGGGCUAGUCCAACAAUAGAAGAUGCUGAAGUUUCUUCUGGGUCUUCACAAAUGAAUUCACAUAAAAUGCUCUCGACUGUUCUGGUUAUUUCAUUCUGCACCUUGGCUGUUCUAGGAAUUUCUUAUAAUCCAAACUCCUCUAAUAGUAUGAAUUUGUUCAAAUACUACAGUAAGGACAACGAGGAUGAGCAAGAUGAUUCCUUCUCUGAUCAAGAGAUAGAGAUAACGGAUGAAGAGUUCCAUUCACUGUCAGUUCACGUGCCAAAAGAAGGACUCACUCUUAGUCAGAUGGAAGAAUUAUUGUGCGUCGAUUGA